CGCUUCCUGUUUGCGGCCGCUGCCGUUUGUCCCGGCGGGAGCCGCGGGAGGGGGCGGGCGGAGCGGCGGCCGCGCUGCGGAGUCACCGGCGGGACUUGAAAGACUCGGCUGUUGUUACCAAGACAAUUCCUGAAACAUGGUGGAUUACUAUCAAGUUCUGGGAGUGCAGAAGCAUGCCUCAGCAGAGGAUAUCAAAAAAGCGUACCGUAAAUUGGCACUAAAAUGGCACCCUGAUAAAAAUCCAGACAAUAAAGAUGAGGCGGAACGGCAAUUUAAGCAAGUAGCUGAGGCCUAUGAAGUCUUGUCAGAUGCUAAAAAACGUGACAUCUAUGACAGAUAUGGAAAAGAAGGCCUAAUAAAUGGAGGUGGAGGUGGAAAUCAUCAUGAUAAUCCCUUCGAUUUUGGAUUUACAUUCCGCAACCCAGAAGAUGUCUUCAGGGAGUUUUUUGGUGAAAGGGACCCCUUUUCAUUUGACUUCUUUGAAGACCCUUUUGAGGACUUCUUCGGGGGCAGGCGGGGUCCAAGGGCAGGCAGGAACAGAGGUGGUGGUGGAUCAUUUUUAUCUGCCUUUGGUGGAUUCCCUGCCUUUGGAAGUAGUUUCUCUUCAUUUGACACAGGUUUUACGUCAUUUGGCUCUCUGGGACAUGGAGGCCUUACUUCAUCAUUCUCCUCUACGUCAUUUGGUGGCAGUGGGAUGGGAAACUUCAAAUCCGUAUCAACCUCAACUAAAAUAGUUAAUGGCAGAAAAAUUACUACAAAGAGGAUUGUUGAGAAUGGACAAGAGAGAGUAGAAGUUGAAGAAGAUGGCCAGUUAAGGUCGCUAACAAUAAAUGGGCAGGCAGACGAGGAAGCCUUUGCCGAGGAGUGCAGACGGAGAGGACAACAUGCUCUGCCCUCCCAGCCCUCCAACCUGCGCCUGCUGAAGCCUCACAAAGCUGCCAGCUCCCCCCGCUUCCCCUGCCACUACAGCAGCGAUGAGGUGGAAGAGCAAGACAGGAGCCGGGUUAUGAGCAGCUUCGAGGCCCCUUUUUAUUUAUCAGGAUACAAGGAAGGCAGCAAGAGGAGGAAGCAGAAGCAGAGAGAGGAACUGAAGAAGAAGAAGGCAACCAAAGCGAGUUACUAAAAUGGACUUCCCUGCUAUGCCAAUGCCUUUAAAUAAUGACAACAACUUCAUGUUACCUUCAAGCACACCUCUUUUGUGUAUAUUUUUUGAUUGUUCACACUGCUACCAAGGAAGUGACUCAUGUUUAAAACUGUACUAAAAUUGCACUAUGUUAUUCCUCUUAGUUUCACAGAGUGGCUUUCUUGCCCGUUCAGGUUAGGGAAUUCAGACAAGGCAGGUCGUGGUUAGAAGUGUGUUAUGUUUGAAGAUUGGAAAGUUACAGAAUUUCUUACCUCUUCCUUCCCUGGGACUAAGACAACUCUAGUCUAGUGUUUUUUGUCUUGUAGGUUAUAAAAGGCAAAUGCCUGCUUGUUUGUCACUGGCAUCAAAACCAGGCCCGUUGAAAGAAGAGUCCUGUUCACUCAUGUCAUUGGGAGUGGGACUGAGACAUGAGUUCUUAUAGGGUGAUUUAUGCAAGAUGAAUAAGUGGCUUUUGUGGUUGAGUUUUUUGUUUGUUUUUUUUUUUUUUUUCCCCAGGCUGGGCAGUUCUGCCCCUGCUAUUAAAGUGUUCUCUGAUAUGAAAUUGUAUCUUGAAGUUAUAUCCUCUGAUUUUAAGGAAUGUUGUGUAAUGAUGGUCUCCUGUAAGCACUCCUACUGAUUUCUUUAGGCUUAGUUGAUUCCUGAUUAAUCAUUUAGUGAAAUCAUUCCUUAUUUUAAAAGUUUAUUUUCAGAACCUAGAGACAAAUGAUCCAAGUGCUACUUUAAAACUGCUCUUUGUUUCUUCUGAGUAGGUUUUAGAUAACAAACAUUUUUUUAGCAUCCAUUUUAGAUUUUAUCAACUUGUUUCUGCAAAGAACUUAUACCUUUAUGUAUGAAAGCAUUUUGCAUUGGUUUUAUUGCAGGGCAAAUUUUGUUUUAGCUUGAAAAGAUGUCUUAGAUCUAAAAGAAAUAUGUGUUUCCUGGCAAGAUGACUUCCUUGCUUCCCAUACUUGUCUCAUGUGCAUGACACAUUGCUUCUCUUAACCUUUUAGUGUGUACAGAGCGCCUCUGUUGCCUUAAGCAUUUACCUGCAUGUUUCUUGUCAGUGUGUUGUCUCCUUUUUUUAACCUCCAGGUAGGAGUUAGAAGCUUAUGGUUUUGUUUUGUUUCUUUUGUCUUCCUCUUGCCAAUAUGUUGUUGAUGUAACAGCCUUAAACCUGGCAAUAUUGAAAGUCCGUAGUUCCUGAAGAAACUCAUCCUAACGUUUCAAAGGUGUAGGAAUGCACAUAAUGGUGUAAGAGAGGAGCUAAACAGAAAAGCCAAGUCUGCAUUCUAGCAUGGUUUGAUAUAACAAAUUCUGGUGUCUCUGGUAUCUGAAUGGUUUAGCUUCAAUUCCCCAAUGUAACCCUCUGCAGGCACCACAUAACACACAAUAACCAUUUGUGAACUCUCUUAGGGUCUGUAAAUUAUGGUUAAGAUAAAUAAGGACUGAGUAUCGGUUUUCUGUCACUUAAGUACCACCUUUUUUUUUUUUGCAGUGU